AUGCUGGGAGAGGCCCAACAAGCCAAAUUCCUCAGCGAUGCAGAGAACGAGCUGGAGGAGCUGGCAGUCACCAUCGCACAGGCCAAGAAGAUGGUGGAGCUCAUUAAGGGUGCCGCCACGAAGGAGAGGGAGAGAGUCGAGAAGCUCUUUGCAGAAGCCUCUGAGGUCCUGGCGACCUUCCAGAAGGAGGUGGCUGGUUUCAUUGAGCACGGGGAGCGCUCCAUGCUGGGGGAGGCCGAGGCCGAUCUCCGCUGGAAGGAGGAGAGGCGAGCCAAGCUGCUCCAGUGCAAGCAAAACCUGGAGAACGUCCCCAGCACUGACACCAUCUACUUCCUCCAGGAAUUUCAGGCCUUAAAAGUAGCCAUGGAAGAAAACCUCUCCCCAGCUCUGAGCUUCCAGAAUGAGCUGAACUUCACCAAAUGCACCCAAGCCGUGGGCACCGUGAAGGAUGUGCUGUCUGCUGCCUGCAAAAAACAGUGGGACCACUUGCAGGGGAAAGGAAUUGAUGGGCUGAGUUUCCCGGAGGUGGAGGAAGUGUUGGUCGAGUCCCGAUUUCCAGACAAGCCAAACAAUUCCGCCUGCCUGGAGAGCCGUGAUUACUUCCUGAAAUUUGCCUUCAUCAUUGACCUGGACAGUGACACGGCCGACAAGUUCAUCCAGCUGUUUGGCACCAAAGGGGCCAAGCGGGUGCUGUGCCCCAUCCCCUACCCGGAGAGCCCGACCCGGUUCAUCAACUGCGAGCAGGUGCUGGGUGUGAACCUCAUGAACCGGGGCAACUACUACUGGGAGGUGGAGCUCAUCGAUGGCUGGGUCAGCAUUGGCGUCAUCGCUGAGGACUUCGACCCCCGGCAGUCCUACAACCGCGGCCGCCUGGGGCGGAACGAGAAGUCCUGCUGCCUGCAGUGGAACGGACAGAACUACGUGGCCUGGUUUGGUGGCUUUGAGUCCGUCAUCCAGCAGCCGUUUUUCCACACAAUUGGGGUCUUCCUGGAGUAUUCGGAGAAGGCCCUGACCUUCUACGGAGUCAAGGACUCCAAGAUGACCUGCCUGCAGCAGCUCAAGGUCUCCCAUUUUGCCAAGGGUCAGUUUGACCCGUUCCAGAACAAGAUCAACCACCAAUUUGCCUCUCUUUUCUUGAGCAAGCUGAAACCAGCCUUCUUCCUGGAGAGCGUCGAUGCCCACCUGCAGAUCGGGCCACUGAAGAAAGAUUGCGUUUCGGUGCUAAAGCGUAGGUAACUGCCUGGAGAGCGGGAGCACAGGAAGACCCAGAAAAGUCUGUCCUGCAGUGUAUUGCUGCCGUCAUGGCUUCUCUUUGAUAGCGUCGUAUUUCUCUGUGGCAGUCCUCCCUCCUCGCUCUGUGCUGUUUGUGACCCAGGGGUGGAUGAAGCCGUCUGGCGGGCAGAGCCGCAGGCUGGGAGCCAGGAGGCAGCUGGAUCCGAGUGCCGGCUCUGCCGCUGGGCUGCUGAGUGAACUUGGGCGAGUCUCUGUGCUGCUCCCUGCCCCUCAGUUUCCCUUUCUGGACAUCAGGGACUGCGAUACAGCCUUUCUUGGUAAAGCACGUUGCUCAGGAGAAGUGCCAUGUAGAUUUGAAGCUGUAUCUUGGCCAGCUGCCGGGCUGCCCGGUCCCUCUCCUUAAUAUCUGCCCGCACUGCCCUGUCAACUUGCAUAGAUGCUCCGCUUUGUGCCUUUAUCUCAGUCUCUGUGUCGCUGCUGCUGCUUUUUUAAGCAUGGGCUCAUCGACACCUUCUGCAUGCUCCUUAUGAAGUGCCUUUGAAGUAGCAAGCCCAGCAUGGACUGGGCAAACACCCCAAAGCAGAUGCGGUCGCUUCCCCGGUGCCCGCAUCACCGUCGUGCCUUGGCGUGGGUGAGCAGGGUGCUCCGGGGCAGGUGAGAUGCAGAGGAGCCCGGCUGGGUGCAGGGGCGAUGCUGCGGUGACACAGUACCUCUCCUUGUGGGGCUGACCACCCGUUAGCGCUGCAAAUGUGAAAUGAGGAUCUUUGCCCUCCCUCGCGCUGUGGCCGGUGGAUAUUUUGAACGCUGGUCUGUGGCCGGGCUCAUUUGGGAAAAGCCGUGGUCCUGCGUGUUUCGGAGCCCCAUCGCCGUGGGGCUGUUCCCCACCACAGCCAAAAAAUCCCAGCUGGGAAUGGGGAGAGACCUCCUGCCGAGAAACAGCAGCGCCAUUCCAGCCUUGAGAUGGGGAAGCGAGCAGUGCAAAACAGUUUUGAGGAUGUGCAUUCUUUGGGAACUGCUUACAGAAGCUUAAAUAUUACAGCCAAAUUCCACCACCCCACCCCCCGUGUUUUUGAUGACCCUACUAUUUUAGGGGAUUUUAAUACUGUUAAACUCCCAACUCUUAAAGUACCCUGGGCACACUUGAGCUGUAAAUAUACCCCAUAGCUUAGAGGGUUUUUUAAGUGACAGAGGUGCUGUGAGUAUGUCCUGGGAGCAAAUGGUGUGUUUUAGGCACAGCUGUGAGCACACUGAUAGAAGGUGCAGCACCAGUCAGUUAUUAAAUGACCCUUUAGACUCUGGCAAUAAGUAACAAUUAACAAAAACUACUCUCAAGGAAGUGUCCCCUCCGGGAAAGGUGGAAACUUGAGGCUGAGAGCCAAAAAUGCCAGUUCACGUGUCCUAAGGGAGCUUUUCCAGCUCUGCCCUGCAGACGUCGUAUUUGUGGUACAGAAACACCGCCUUUGAGGGUGGCACAGUGUAGCCCCUGUCUCAGCGCAGCGUGCCUUUCCACAAGUUUAUUUUUUCUGGGAUUAGUUUGCUACCUACCUCCUGAAGCUUGCUUUACAGAAUCGCAGUGCUGUGUAAUAUAUACCUAGAGAAAAAAUAUAUUGGGUCAGGUUCUUCGCUGGCGUGAGUGAGUCAGUGAUGACGCAUCAACAGUCAACAGGGAUGGAAAAUGGCCCAUUUCGCUAAAUAUAUGAAAUAUAUAUAUAUAUAUUCCCCAAAGGAUAAGCUGGAAAUAAUAGUGGUAUAUUCAAGGGGAGCCAAGGGAAAAAAGUGAACGUGAAUAAAAAGGGCAGCCACAAAGCUGAGAGGUUUAAAGUUAAAGCCACAUUUACAUAA